CCAACCCAAAAUCCCACCCUUCCCCACUCAAACAAUGCCCAUUUACCUUCAAAAUUAAUGCCAAUACCAACCUCCCCUCCAUCCAUCCCCCCCUCCUUCGACUUCUCCUUCGACUUCGAUUCCGACCCAGCUCUCCACCUCCACUCCGAGUACGACAACGCCCCCGAACUUCCCUCAGAGACCUACUCCUCCGACAUCGAAGCGCUAACUCUCCAACGCGAAGAAAAUAUCCGCAAGAAAGUGGUCAUUCAGCAUCGAGCGUGGAAUCUAUCGGAUGUGUUUCGGAGUGACGAGGAUAUAAGGCCUGAUACACCGACGAGAAUAAGGACAAGAUCAAAUUCGAAGAAAGAGAUCAUAUACGGGGGUUCUCCGGGAGGCGGGAUUGGAAUUUGGCCGUCUUCGCCGCCAACGGGGAGGAUGACCAUGGCGAUUGUUGGAUUAUCAGAGGGGGAGGUGCAGAAGAGGAAGAAUGAGGAGGAGGUGCAGGCUGAGCCGAAAAGGUUGAAGAUGAUGGGUGGGUUUGUGGAUGAGGGAGAUGAGGAUGAGUGGGAUGCGUUUGAGGAGGCACAAGGGAAGAAGAUUGGGGAGACACAGCCCAAGCAGAAGAUCUUGGGAGGCUUUGUGGAUGAGCCAGAUGAUGAUGAAUGGGAUGCGUUUGAGAAUGCACAGGGACAGAAUGAAGCGCAAACAGAACCGAAGCGACAGAAGAUUAUGGGUGGGUUUCUGGACGAAGCGGACGAUGAUGAAUGGAAUGCUUUCGAGGAUGCGCAACUGCGGAGCGACUUUCAGGUUCAGGAAGAGAUUAUUCAACUACCGCCUGUUGAAUUGCCUGAAAUCCCGAGACCGUCCCAGACAGUGGAGCCGGAUUUGACUCCAAAAGCAUCAGUGCCAUAUCUUGAACCUACGCCAACCACGAUAAUCCCGUUUGUUCCCUCCCGCGGACCGUUUCGAUCGAUCCCGAUAAAGACCUGCUCGGGCAAGACGCACUACGUCCCUUUGAAGAAAGCUGCAACCCGGGUUUCCUACGAAAGACUUGUUGCUGGUCGCUCUACAACUGCCCCCGGAAAGGCUCAGAAGAGUUACUACGGUAUCGACAUUCACAAGCUCCUUGAUGAAGCUGCCAAAGAAGCAGAGACACAAUCCCCCACACGACCUGCUCCCGUGCAGUCUAUCGAAGCCCCGGUUGAUGACCGAAAGGCGAAGCUGGCAGCAGCCAUGUGGACUGAGAAAUACCGCGCGCGCAAGUUUACCGAACUGAUCGGAGACGAGCGCACGCAUCGGGCUGUUUUGCGCUGGUUGAAAGCCUGGGAACCGAUUGUUUUCCCCAAUAUCGCUAGGUCCAAACCGAAGAAGCCUGUCAAUGGCAAAGAGGACGAGGAACGGACACAUCGCAAGGUCUUGCUCCUGUGUGGUCCACCGGGUCUUGGAAAGACUACAAUGGCCCAUGUCUGUGCUCGACAGGCUGGCUAUGAGGUCCUGGAAAUCAACGCGAGUGAUGAUCGAAGCAGGGAUGUGGUGAAAGGCCGAAUCCGGGAUGCUCUCGCCACAGAGAAUGUCAAGGGUAUGAACGUGGAGGUUGGUGAGGAAAAGGUACGCAAGGCCGGACGGCCAGUCUGUGUUGUUGUCGACGAAGUAGAUGGAGUCACCAGCGGAUCUGGAGGCAGCGGAGAAGGCGGUUUCAUGAAAGCCUUGAUCGAUCUCGUCCUGCUCGACCAGAAGAAUUCGGCCGCUUCCUCCGAACAGAACAAGGGCAAGAAAAAGAAGGGCGACAAUUUCCGAUUCCUGCGUCCGUUGAUCAUGGUCUGCAACGAUGUAUACCAUCCCAGCCUACGACCACUCCGAGCAGCCUCCGUUGCAGAGAUUAUUCAUGUCCGCCAAGCACCACUGGAGAAUGUCGUCUCGCGCAUGAAGCGAAUUUUCACCGUCGAAGGCAUCCCGUCCGACAACGACGGCGUGCGACGUCUCUGCGAAGCAUCCUGGGGCCUUGCCCGCAGAAAACAAGGCGGCGUCAAGAGCAGCGGAACGGCCGAGGGCGAUAUUCGCAGUGUCCUUGUCGCAGCGGAGUGGGUGGCGCAUAAGCUCAGAAACGAAUGUCCCUCCACGCUGCGAUUAACACGAAGCUGGCUAGAGCAAAAGGUCCUCAGCGCAAACACAGGCGGCAGCGCCUUCUUCAAAGGCUUGAACCGCGGUGGUGUACGCGAUCUCGUCGAGCGAGUCUUCACCGAAGGCGCCGGGUUCGCAGACGCACCUGUUGGUGUCGAUUCCUUCCGCGAUCCGUUUGCCAACUCUGACGAAAAAGUGCCUGUAGGCGUUGCAGAUCUGCGUAAACGCCAUGCCAUCGGCAGACUGCGCGAAAUGGUCGACGCCAGCGGCGAGCACGACCGCUGCGUGGCCGAGUGCUUUGCCUCGUAUCCGCUGCAGACCUUCCAGGACGACACAUUCCUCUCGAAACCCAACGCAGCCUACGAAUGGCUUCACUUCCACGACACCAUGUCCUCCAAGGUCUACACGGCCCAAGACUGGGAACUCAGCGCCUACCUCAGCCAGUCAGUCGUUGCAUUCCACCAUCUCUUCGCCUCGGCACAAGGCAAAGCCAAGGCUCAGGACCCGGUAGACGACGACGAAGAAGAGCACCCAUUCUCAGGACCUAGAGCCGACUUUGCCGCCUACGAAGCACAAAAGCAGAACCGAGCCAUUCUCACAGAAUUCCAAUCCGCAUUUUCAGCCCCAUUAUCCCGACUCUUCCGAUCCACCGACUCUCUAGUCAUCGACCUGAUCCCGAACCUCAUCCGAAUGCUAUCCCCGGACGUGAAGCCAGUCGUGGUACGCGGCAGCGGCGAGCAGCGCAGCGUCGCCAGCGUCCGCAAAGAAAGCGAACGCGCCCUCGUCCAAUCCGCCGUCCGAGUAAUGGCCGGACUCGGCGUACGCUUCGAAAAAGUCCGCAUCGAGAACGCAGGCGCCCACAACGGCUGGGCCUAUCGCAUGGAACCACCCCUAGACACCCUCAUAACCUUCUCCAAACCCAACCCUACCUCCACCUCGACCGCCGCCCCCGUCCGCUACGCCAUCCGCCAAGUCCUCGACCAAGAAUACCGCAAAGAAAACAUCCGCAAACACUCGCACACCGAACCGCUCUCCAAAACCAGCAGUAAGAAAUCAUCUCAGAAGACCGGCGAUGAUCCAACAGGCAUGAAAAAGACACCUCGGGACGGACCGAACGUAAAACGCGACUUCUUUGGACGAAUCCUCAAGGAACCUACCCCGCAGCCAGAUGAGAAUGGGGACGCGGCAGCGGCGGCGCAGAAUGAGUCGUUGAAGGCUGGGAGACGCGUCUGGGUCACGUAUCAUGAUGGGUUUUCGAAUGCGGUGAGGAAACCGAUUUCGUUGGGGGAGUUGUUGGCUGAAUUGUAGAUGUAUACCUUUAUUGUUUGGUUGGUGUGAGGGAUGGAUGGGGGUAAUGAUUAUGAUUAGGGUAUGGAGUAAUGUAUGUAUAGAUGUAUAGGUUAGGAUAUCCGGAGUUUAUUACAUCUACA